UCGAUUGGGCUGCACUUUCCGAACCAAGAAGGUACAGAUAAACAAUAUAACUUUCGUAUUCGAUUCAGUGGACGUGCAGUAGUAUGCAGAUGAAACAUUCACGUCUUUGCACUACACUCGACCAUUCGAUUGGUAAAAGUGCAACAGUAAUGCAGCACGAGUUCACGAAAGUGCAGCAAUGGUCGAGUGGUCACCACUCGACCAUUCGAACUUAUUUCGCGUUGUUCACUGCGAUCGCACGAUUACGCAUGCUCCAUAACAGGAGAAGAAAAAGAAGCAGUGAACACUUCUCGUGGCCAGUCCUUCCGAAACGGUUCUAGUAUCUGCUUGCACGAUGUUCAUAGCCACAGCUCUGUGUAUCUUGCUCUUCGUACUUCGAACCAGGAGCUGUCUACUCAAUGACUUUCCCAUCCCAACCAGUUGUGGACAACAGCAAGUGGACAACCUUCCCAGAACGCUACCAUGGGUUGUCACAAUUCAAGUUGAGGCCAUUGCAGACAUCCGAAGUCCCGAAGACAUCCUUCCCUGCCCAAAUGCCCACCAGACACUCCAUACCAACUCUAACCGAAACACAAAUAUGACUUCGAUUCCUCAAGACUUUUUCUUUGGCCACCUUUCUCGGAUGGCUGUCACCCACCGAAUUUCCUCCAGUUGCAGCGGGGUGAUUGUAUCUGCUCGACAUGUCCUAACAGCUGCUCACUGUCUCUUCAGUAGCCAUUAUCGACCAACCUACCGUGUUUUCCACAGAACGAACGAUGCUCAAACGUACCUGAAGCACAGAAGGCGUGACGUCCUCGCUGUAGAGUCUGCGACAUGGCAUCCUCACUGCAAGUUCCACGGAACGCUCAAAGCCAUAUACGACCUGGCUAUCUUAGUGCUUUCGGAACCACUGGACUUUGCCGCAACUAAAGCCGUUUACAGCCCAAUCUGCCUCCCAUGGCCAGAUCUAAAUGUUUCCGACAUGGUGACGUGGAUGGCAUACAAUGAAGCAGCGGCAAGUUCCUCCGUCUACCCUGAAGCCAGUCAAAGGAGAACAAGAGAACCUGUUCAGCUGAUCAACUGUUCAGCAGUGAUGGCAAGCACCGAAUAUGUACAGGAGAAUCAACUAUGUACUUCGACUGGAGAUAACAUACGGCACCUUGGUGAUCCAGGAGGUCCUCUUAUGGUCGAGAGCCCUGAGGGCUGGGUUGUUGUCGGAGUUCUUUCGUGGACAAAUACUACGGGAAAGAACUCUACUACUGCAGUGUUUACAAAUGUCAAAGAUCUGAUGCCUUGGAUAACAGAGAUUGUUUUCGAGACAUUUUAAGCUAUACGCUACCAGCGGAGCUGGAAGUACAUAGUAGAGUUGUUCAUUUUACAAUUAAAGCACGUUAUUUAUGUUAA